GUGGCUGGGGGGCGGGGGGACUCCACCUCGGCCAGCCACAGGCGGCUCCUCUCGCGGAAAGACAGAGAAGUUCAAGAUCCAUUCAGAGCCUAAAAACUAGUCCGCGGAAAUGUCUGUGAAGUGAGCCAGUUCCCAAGCACAAGAUCAAGGGAUGGUUCGAGGCCUGUCAUGUCUCCUCUCUAAUGUUUUGUCCCUGUGACCCUCUUCAGCAGAGAGAUGCCUAGUUCUGUGCCUGCUCCCGCCAGCCCAGCCUUCUGUGGGUGACACACUCUUGCUGUCCCAGUGAAGGUUAUCUGGGCUGCUGGCGUCAUUACCGUACAAAAGAGAGAGAGAGAGGAGGGAGGAAUGAAUGAAUGAAAUUAUGCUGGCGAAGACAGAGCUGGAACUGAUGUGCAACGACUGAUGCUCUGCAGAUUUUGCCACAAGGCAAGUCAUUCCAGAGCCAACAAGUUCCUCCUUGCAAGCAGAGAGAAGCUGUGCUCUCUUCUCAGCCGCUAGUCUCUCUGCUCAGCGGUGGGCUAGCCUGUGCUCAGUGGGUCUAGAGGGCUUGGGCUGCAGGCUAGAAGACCAAGGGCUACAAUGGAAGAGAAUGUGUUCAGUGUGCAGCAGAUACAGCCCAAUGUCAUUUCCGUGAGACUCUUCAAGCGCAAGGUUGGGGGUCUCGGGUUCCUGGUGAAGGAACGCGUCAACAAGCCCCCAGUAAUCAUCUCCGACCUGAUCCGGGGAGGGGCAGCUGAGCAAAGUGGGCUCAUCCAGGCUGGGGACAUUAUCCUGGCAGUCAAUGGCCGGCCCCUGGUGGACAUGAGCUAUGAGAGUGCCCUGGAGAUCCUGAGGAGCAUCGCCUCAGAGACCUAUGUGGUUCUGAUCCUGAGAGGUCCCGAGGGCUUCACCACUCAUCUGGAGACCACCUUUGCCGGGGAUGGGAUGCCAAAGACUGUUAGAGUAACCAGACCUUUGUGCCCAACUGCCAAAGCGGUCGACUUGUCCAAUCCAAGCAUCCACGGCAGAGAUCUGCAGCAGGGUGCAGACCAUACCAUGGGCUCGGCUAGUUCAGCCUGGGCCAGGGAGAACCGGCAGGAAGCAGAGUCCCUUGUGCACGUCAAUGGUGUGGUUACCAGCACCAAAGGCGAGGACUCUUUGAAGGGAAGGGACAAUGCCAGUGCCAAUCCUUGCCUCAACGGUGGGGUCGAAAACAAUGAGCUGCUAAAAGAAAUAGAGCCAGUCCUGAAACUCCUGAAGAGCGGCAGUAAGGAACUCAACGGAGACGCGCCAACCAAGGUGGAGACAAGAGAUAUAGAAGUCCAGGUGGACUGUUUCAGGGAAGUGGACAAGCCCCAGAAACCUGUGCCAGCCGGGAUGGAAAAUGACCGAGUUUUCAAUGACCUGUGGGGGAAGACCGACUCGCCCGUCGUCCUGAACAACCCCUACUCGGAAAAGGAGCAGCCACCGCCAUCUGACAGACAGUCCCCAACUAAGAACUUGGUGAAUGGAAGCCCGUCUAAGUGCCCACGGUUUGCCAAAGUCAAGAACUGGGAGACUGGCUCCGUGCUUCACGAUACCUUACAUCUCAAGACAGCCAUGGCCAGUGCGUGUACAGAGCAGAUCUGCAUGGGCUCGGUAAUGACGCCCACCCAGCAUAUCCGGAAGCCAGAAGACACCAGGACAAAAGAGCAGCUGCUCUCCUUGGCUAAGGACUUCAUUGAUCAGUACUACUCCUCCAUAAAGAGGUUUGGCUCCAAGGCCCACGUGGAGAGGCUGGAAGAAGUGACCAAGGAGAUUGAAACCACAGACACCUACCAGCUGCGGGACACAGAGCUGAUCUACGGAGCAAAGCACGCCUGGCGUAAUGCAUCCCGCUGCGUGGGCAGGAUUCAAUGGUCCAAGCUACAGGUGUUUGAUGCCCGAGACUGCACCACAGCCCAUGGGAUGUUCAAUUACAUCUGCAACCACAUCAAAUACGCCACCAACAAAGGGAAUCUCAGGUCUGCUAUCACCAUCUUCCCCCAGAGGACAGAUGGCAAGCACGACUUCCGAGUCUGGAAUGCCCAGCUCAUCCGCUAUGCUGGCUACAAGCAGCCAGACGGUACCAUUCUGGGGGACCCAGCCAACAUGGAGCUCACAGAGAUCUGCAUCCAGCAAGGGUGGAAGGCACCCAAGGGGCGAUUUGAUGUCCUGCCACUCCUCCUCCAGGCCAACGGCAAUGAUCCGGAGCUCUUUGAGAUCCCCCCGGAGCUGGUGCUGGAAGUACCCAUCAGGCAUCCCAAGUUUGCCUGGUUUAAGGACCUGGGGCUGAAGUGGUACGGUUUGCCAGCGGUGUCCAGCAUGCUGCUAGAGAUCGGAGGCCUGGAGUUCACUGCCUGCCCCUUCAGUGGCUGGUACAUGGGCACUGAGAUCGGCGUCCGCGAUUACUGUGAUAACUCUCGCUACAACAUGCUGGAGGAAGUAGCCAAAAAGAUGAACCUGGACAUGAGGAAAACCUCCUCGCUGUGGAAAGACCAGGCGCUGGUGGAGAUUAACAUCGCUGUUCUGUACAGCUUCCAGAGCGACAAGGUGACCAUUGUGGACCAUCACUCAGCCACAGAGUCCUUCAUCAAGCACAUGGAGAAUGAGUAUCGCUGCCGCGGGGGGUGCCCUGCCGACUGGGUGUGGAUCGUCCCCCCGAUGUCCAGCAGCAUCACCCCGGUCUUCCAUCAGGAAAUGCUCAACUAUCGGCUCACGCCCUCCUUCGAGUACCAGCCUGACCCUUGGAACACGCACAUCUGGAAAGGGGUCAAUGGGACUCCCACCAAAAAGAGAGCCAUCGGUUUUAAAAAGCUGGCCAAAGCCGUGAAGUUCUCUGCCAAGCUGAUGGGGCAGGCAAUGGCCAAGAGGGUCAAAGCGACCAUCCUCUAUGCCACGGAAACGGGGAAGUCCCAGGUCUAUGCAAAAACCUUAUGUGAAAUCUUCAAGCACGCUUUCGAUGCCAAGGUGAUGUCCAUGGAUGAGUACGACAUAGUCCACCUGGAACAUGAAACCCUCGUCCUGGUGGUCACGAGCACCUUCGGCAACGGAGACCCACCGGAGAAUGGGGAGAAAUUCGGCUGUGCGAUGAUGGAAAUGAGGAAUCCCAACUCUCACCUGGAAGAGAGGAAGAGCUACAAGGUCCGUUUUAACAGCGUCUCCUCUUACUCGGACGCACGGAAGUCUUCGAGCGACGGGCCCGAAGCCAGGGACAACUUUGAGAGCACAGGGCCUCUGGCUAAUGUCAGGUUCUCGGUGUUCGGCCUAGGAUCGCGUGCCUACCCCCACUUCUGCGCCUUUGCCCGCGCCGUCGACACCCUGCUGGAGGAGCUGGGAGGGGAGCGCAUCCUCCGCAUGGGGGAGGGGGAUGAGCUCUGUGGCCAGGAAGAGUCUUUCAGGACGUGGGCCAAAAAGGUUUUCAAGGCAGCGUGCGACGUGUUCUGUGUGGGAGAUGACGUGAACAUUGAGAAGGCCAACAACUCCCUCAUCAGCAACGACCGGAGCUGGAAGAGGAGCAAGUUCCGCCUGACCUACGUGGCUGAGGCCCCCGAGCUCACGCAAGGUCUGUACAGUAUUCACAAAAAGCGAGUCUAUGCCGCCCGGCUUCUCACACGCCAGAAUCUGCAGAGCCCAAAAUCCAGUCGGUCAACGAUUUUCCUGCGACUUCACACCAACGGGCAGCAGGAGUUGCGCUACCAGCCUGGAGACCACCUGGGAGUGUUUCCAGGCAACCACGAGGACUUGGUCAGUGCCCUGAUGGAGAGACUCGAGGAUGCACCCCCAGCCAACCAGCUGGUGAAGGUGGAGCUCUUGGAGGAGAGGAGCACAGCUUUAGGUGUCAUCAGUAACUGGACAGAUGAGAACCGCAUCCCACCCUGCACCAUCUUCCAGGCGUUUAAGUGCUACCUGGACAUCACCACACCUCCCACCCCGCUGCUGCUGCAGCAGUUUGCCUUACUGGCCACCAGCGACAAGGAGAAGAAACGUCUGCAGGUCCUUAGCAAGGGCUUGCAGGAGUACGAGGAAUGGAAAUGGUCCAAGAACCCCACCAUAGUGGAGGUGCUAGAGGAGUUCCCGUCUGUGCAGAUGCCCUCCACCCUGCUGCUCACCCAACUGCCCGUGCUGCAGCCUCGCUAUUAUUCCAUCAGCUCCUCCCCCGACAUGUCCCCGGACGAGGUGCACCUCACCGUGGCCGUGCUCUCCUACCGCACUAGAGAUGGGGAAGGACCGAUCCACCACGGGGUCUGUUCCUCCUGGUUCAACCGGAUACAGGCUGAUGAAGUUGUGCCCUGUUUUGUAAGAGGAGCUCCUGGGUUCCACAUGCCACAAGAUCCCCAGGUUCCCUGCAUCCUGAUUGGCCCAGGUACGGGAAUCGCCCCGUUCCGGAGUUUUUGGCAGCAGCGGCUCUUUGAAAUCGAGCACAAAGCACUGAAGCCCUGUCCGAUGAUUUUGGUCUUUGGGUGCCGACAGUCCAAGAUCGACCACAUUUACAAAGAGGAGACCCUCCUAGCCAAAAACAAAGGCAUCUUCAAAGAGCUGUACACAGCCUAUUCCCGGGAACCAGACAAACCAAAGAAAUACGUGCAGGACGUGCUGCAGGAGCAGCUGGCUCAGUCUGUGUACAAAGCGCUGAAGGAGCAGGGAGGCCACAUCUACGUGUGCGGGGACGUCACCAUGGCCGGGGACGUCUUCAAGGCCAUUCAGCGCAUCGUGAAGCAGCAGGGUCAGCUGUCCGUGGAGCAGGCUGGCGCUUUCAUUAGCAAGCUGAGGGAUGACAACCGAUACCACGAGGAUAUUUUUGGAGUCACCUUGCGUACAUAUGAAGUGACUAACCGCCUUCGAUCUGAGUCGAUUGCGUUCAUUGAGGAAAGCAAAAAGGACACGGAUGAGGUUUUCUGCUCAUAACCGGAACCCCUUGCCCCAGAUGGGAUGCCAAACCAGCUGCAGUGGCAGCCACCCCCCUCCAGCCGGAGGGCGCUGGGUUUUGUAUUUACACGGACACGGCGGCUCCUUUUCUGCGGGACCUGCCCACGGAAAGUGCUCUGUCUCUCGUCCUGUCGUCGUGUCCCGAUGAUGAUGAUUUCCCUUUCCUUUCUCUCUCUGUCGUCCUGUGGCGGUUUCUUUUCACUCCUUGUUUCCCUCCUCGGAGUCCCCCGCUGAAGUGCGAUGGCUUUAUAAUCCGCAGUGGCUCUUACGAAACUACGUUUCUUCUUCGCUCGGUCCGACGAGGGCGUUUCGCGGCUGCAUGAAAUCACCACCUUCGCGAUCAUCUGCAUUCUUUGGUGUUUGGGGGGGUGGGGCUGGAGCGGGGGGAUCCGGGCAGUGAGGACUGGAGAGAAGCUGUUUUGCCCGAGACCCCUUUCCCCACCUCGACGUGGCACUUGGCUGAAUCGCUGCAUCUUCCUCGCUUUGCUUUGGCCGCUCCGGGCCUGGCCCAGGGGGAAGUUGGAUAGAAAGGAAGUGCUGCCCUGCCCCCUUUCUUGCUGUUGAUGGAGGCACCAGAGCUUUGUUCUGUUUGAGGGGUGGGGUUCGUCUGUGUUCAAUGGGUAACAAUUCACGUAAGUGAGCUCUGUGCUGUUUGUAUCAUCAGCCCCACACCCCACCCCCUCUUGGCUCCGUCCUCAGUCCUCUCUUGCCUGUGUGCCCUGUGCUGAUCCUGCUGGUGCAAAAGUCUUCACGGGCAGUGUGCAGGUGCAGGCUGGUGCUUCUGCAAAGGGGCAGCACGGGGGUGCUCUCUGGUCACGGGGAAGCAGGGGAUGUACUGCCCACUCUGCAUCCAAGCCUCCCCAGCCUGCAAUGGGAGUUAAGGGUAAAUGUGGCCAGCCGGCAUGAGAGGGCUACAGAUUAGCUGAGAUCCCUGGAGGAAAGAUUGUGACUCGGGCGUGUGUUGCGUCCUGUAGCUUCCCUGGAUUAACAGGACGCUGGCGGUGGGCACGUGAGUCCUCUCCAGCAAGGCAAGAGAACAUGUAAAGCGACAAGGCUGGGAGGCGGAGUAGCUCUGAAGCCAUCUCUGCCCAGGUCCAAGCAGCACCUGCUUAUAAAAAAGGUUGAUAGGAAGCCAGCAAGUAGCCGCUCUAUGGGGUCUACUGCGGCCAUUCCUGACCCCUGGGACCAGGCCUUCUGGGAGCCCCAUGUAACGCCCCAUUAAAUGAGUAACAGUUGCCUUGAAUAUUCAAAGCAUGGCAAGUCUGUCCUAGCGCGAUCUUGUGAGAUGUCCUUUCUCAGCAACGCCCCCCCUCCCCUCCAGGAGCUGCAAAGCUCUCGUGGUGCCAGGCUGGCUGCAACGGCCCCGGGUGCCUCCACUCUGCAAAAAGCCCCAAAUCCUCCCCAUGCCCACUCUGCCUGCUGCAUGCACGGUGCCAUUGUUCAAAUUGCACAAGGCCUCUGGGCUGGGAGCUCUCAGGAGAGAGGGGGAGCAAGCCCGAGAAGAGAGGCACUGGUGCUGUCUAACGCCAGGCUCUGAGGUGCUGACCGCUCAGAUCCACUGCACAGAUACAGCCCCGGGAGAGACUCUUACAGGAACUGCUACAGAGCUAUUUGGGCAUAAGCUUCCGUGGGUAAAAACCCACAAAAGCUUAUGCCCAAAUAAAUCUGUUAGUCUUUAAGGUGCCACCAGACUCCUUGUUGUUUUUGUAGAUACAGACUAACACGGCUACCCCCUGAUACUUGCUACAGAGCCGGCAGCCCCUGAGAGUCACUCCCCUUUUCCAGGUAGGAACUUUGCCACCCACCGCAGGCCGGCUCUCUCUCUCUCUUUUGGGGGGUGGGGGGACUCUCUCUAGUUGCCAGGUUCUUCGGGCGUGUUGGGAGCCCUAGUCCCUUCCCCCACCUGCACUGUAUGUAGCCAUCCACUGUGGCUAGACUGAGGCAGCAACAGCAAACUGGUGCCUUCGGGUAGGCACUGGCCCCCCCUCCUGCCGACAGUGUAGGGAAUUGCCGCUGGAGGGGGACAGGACUUGGGCACGGCAAAGGUGGAGGGUCCCCACAACCGCUGUCACCAAGGGGUUGUUUUCAGAGCCCAGGUCCUGCCACUGGCUUCCCCUGAGCCAAGCUUCUAACAGAGUGAGUCCAGCAAGGUCGGAAGCCUCCCCCAGCCUUAAGUGUGACUUGGCAGCUGGGCUGCUCGACUUCAGCUCAUGUUCACUGGUCUCACGCUACGCAGUGACCACGUGGUUGCUUUGGUUUUGCUGCCUAGACCCUCCAGUGUUGGUAGGCGCUUGUGUGUGCUGCCACUGACCCAGCAACGUCCCUGGUCUUUACCUUCCCUGCCCACCCCAGAUGGAUCUGACCCAAAACCCUGGGCCCAGAGGCCCCAGCACUUUGGGAAAGCUCCACUCCAGGUUUUUUGCUGCCCCAAUCCAUCUCUUCUGAGUGUAUUGCUCAACUAAGAGCCAGCAGGACUUUAAAUAGGGACAUGCACAAAUGCUGCCACCUUGUGGUAAUUUGCAUGCACACUGUUCUGUGAGGGUGGCCCAAUGUGCUGCCCUAGGAGGAUGAAUGAAGAUCCCCGGCUAAGCCCCUCUUCAGUUACGAAAUCAUGGCUGUAGUGUGGUUACAAGUGAUACAGUUCAAUUUGCAGCAGUGACUGUAUGUCCGCACCCGCCCUGUUGCCUCUCAGUGUUUGCCCCCAGUGUGUUCUGAACAGCUGCCCCGCACUGCCUCCGCAAGGACCACCGCGGUGGCCAUGGGGACAUGCACACAGCGCCGCUCAUGGAGAAAUGGAUUCUGGGCUGUCCCACUGCACAGAGUGCUGGGCUGAAGGAGACCAGCCUGACGAGAGGGAAUAGGGGCUCCUGUCUACACUGCACACCCCCAAGGUGCUAAGCCAGUUGCACCAGCCUAGGUCCCUGGCAGGGGGCAGGUGUGGUUAGCUGCCGUGGUUACUAACCAGGUGGUGUGCAGGCAUCAACCACAGCUGGAGCCAUCAGUACCAUGUGCUGGUUACAAACCCUGGUCACUGUUGUGUAACCGGGGCCUAGAGCUCGAGCCAGCCGCAGGGAGCUCUUCAGUGGGGCCGAGAGCUCAGGCAGGCACUGACCCUUCCAGCCGCAUGUCCUGGUCCCCUGGAAGCCAAUGGGAGGAGAGAAUGAAGAACACAUCAAGGGCAGAAGGAUGCCUUUGCUCGAGAUUGUGCCUCACAAAUCUGUGUAGGGAUCCAGCCCCUGGGGGCGGGGGAAGAGAGGACAGAUCCUUUACUCCGCCCUUCGCCCCCCCACCAUCCCACACACUGGGGAAGUUUGGCUCUGGAUCCAGCACACACCAAGCUGACCUUUCUGUAAGGUGCCAGAGCAAAACCCGGCAUCUCCCUUCAGCCCACCCCACACAAACCAUGGGGAGAGUUUGAAUUUGGAUCCAAACUUUGCACCAGGCCCAUCUUUCCUGGAAAUAUCAAUGCAAAGGAAUGCCCAAAGACAUAUCCUUCACCCCUUCCUCUUUUCGCCUGUGUCCUUCGCGUUCAUUUUCCCAUUCAGUCCUGUGCUCCUGUAACAGCCCCGCUCUGGAAUUAGCUUUGCUGGUACCGAUGCUUCCUGUCUGUAUCUGACAAGAGAGGCUGGCUUUGGCAGGAUGGGUUGUGUCUCCUCCUGUCCAAUAUACCCAUGAGCCACGCUAAAAACACAGCAAGUGCAGCCAUGGAGGAGCCUCAGCUCACGUCUUACUCCAAAGGGUUAACAGCCAGGUGGGUCCUUACUAGAGCUGGUCAAGACUGUUUGAAUUUGCAAAUUGUGCAUGAAAAAUGCUCCCCAUUUUUUCUGACCAGCUCCACGCUUUACCUUAGACUGACGAGCCACUAAGUCUCAGCUCCACAGCGACCGUCCCCGAGGCUUUGCCUCCGCACAGCAGCUUCUUGGAAGUUUAGAUAGGGGGCAACAUACAGGCCAGUCUUUAUAUUACAGCACCCUAGAGAAGGGGAGCAAAUAACAAGAUCACUUUCUGCUCCCAAAGAAUUUACAAUCUAAGAUGACAAACCGCAGCAGCAGGAGAAGCUUCUCCCCGCUAUAUCUUACCCCUAAUCUAUACUCAAUAGUGAUUAGUUAUUGACCUCUGUUAAUUCCCCAUUUCACUAUUAUUCCCCUCCCUUAUCAAUUCACACCCUUAGCCUGUUACCAAUUCCCCAUUUCACUAUUAUUCUCCUCCCUUAUCAAUUCACACACUUAGCCUGUUACCAAUUAACCGACUGGCCUUCCUGCACCUCUCACUGGAGAGACCUUCCUAGCAUCCAGCCCGUGCUCAGCCACGCAAAAGGGGGGAGUAGCUCUUUAGUAAAGGUAGGUUCUGGUGAUGGCAAUGGGACACGAAGCACCUAAAGCUAGGAGGAUGCUAAUGCUCUGGGGACUUGCUCCCCUUCUAGCUGGCUCUCUCCAGCGAUGAUCCCAGCCCAUGGAGAGACUGAGGGAUGCAGAGAGCAAGGAACUUCACCUUAAAGAGCCAAAUUCUGCUCUCAGAUGUGUCGGUCAAUUCCCACAGGAAUCAAUGGCAGUCAAUUUAUACCGGCCUAAAUGGCAGCAGAAGUUGGCCUAUGUUCUGAGCCUCGUUCUGCAAUCAUUUACCCGGAGUGCUGUGUGAAUAGGAAGAGUUUGCAGGACCAGCUCUUUAGAAGCAGCAGCGUGUACACACUGGGCACAAUCUCUAUAUGACACAUACAGUGCAUGGAGGCCUUGUUAUUACUGAUGGGAGGCCAAGGGGGUGUCCUUGCUGAGGUGUCUGUGAGCUUAGCCAAAUACACCAGGCUAGAUGCUAAGCUCCUGUAAAUCUAUCUAGCACCAUUAGAGUGCGUAGAGUUGCUCUGAUUUACCCCAGUGGAGGAUCUUCUCCAGGGGUUGCCGAUAUUCUGAGAAGGAGAACUUUAUGGUCUCUGGUAAUGGUGCUGCUACUGUCAGGCUCCAUAGAUGUGGCUAUUGCUAGAGUGAGAUCUGUUGCUGGGUUUGUAAUUAUUAUUAUCAUUUCUCAAUUACUCGCAGAGUUCCCUAGAGGAUCAUGGCCCUUCUCAGGACAGACAGAGAUGGGUGGCGCUCAGCAUGGCCCUAAUUUUGCUUCUGCGGGGAGUUUCAGCACUGGCAUCAGCGCUAGCAGAGUUAAGGCCACGCUGAGUGCUUAUGAAAUCCCACCCCCAAUCAGCACUGCAUUGAGAUUGCAGAAUCUUGUGAGGUAUUAAGGACCCCCAACGUCCAUUGGCUUUGGUGGGAGACGGGGCGAUCGUCACUCUGCAGCAUCGGGCCUGAGGGCAGUAGCAGUUACAGUGAUUACUGCUUUGCAUGCACCAAUGCAUUAUUCCCUAAUAAUCUUGUUCCAAAUCUAUCCCAGGCUCUGGAAUUUCAGCUCUGGCUUCUCCCAUACAACUUUUAUUUACUAAAACUUCAGGGGUGAUGGGAAAAGCUAAUGAGAUAGUGGAUUUAAAGCACUUCGUUCCAGGACUGAAAUGGGCUCUAGUGGGGUCAGUGUUUUCUGGGUUUUGCUAAAGAUAUGAGGAUGGCAUCUGAACUUUUUAAACAUCACAGUACGUGCCUAUCUUCUCCCUGCUGAGUCAGUGUUACAACACGGCCUGGACUCUAAAAUGCCCCAGACUGGUGCUGUUGCCUAUAAGGGCCAAUGACGAGAAGCCGCAAAGCUCAUUUCAAACGUUGUUUAUAGACUCUCUGCUGCUGAGAUCUGCUUACGGUGACUUGCUGAUCACACAUGAGGGUACCUUUCUUUCUCAUUCAUGUCACUAAGUGUGGGCAAGAUUGUGUGGGCACAACUCAAAGGCAGUCAAACCAUCUGUGUAUGGGUCCCCCGCUGGUUUAAGGGAUCCCACAGGCUCGUUCUUUGCAGCAGCUUGCUCUGAAUCACCACUGAAUAGAGCUAGUUGAAAAAUUGUCUAUAUGUGGGGGUGGGACUGGGUUUCCAUGGAAAAUGUGGAUUUUGUUGGGUGGGGGGGUUGGCAGAAAUUCAAAUACUGAAAACUUUGAAAACAAAUCUUUUGGGUUUGAGGCAUUGGUUUUUUGAUGAAAAUCAAAAAUUUCCAUGGAAAGUGGGCACUUUGAGCCCCCCUCCAAAAAAAAAAUAGUUUACUCAAAAACUCAAUUCUCCAACCAGAAAAACAGCUCUGACAGAAAAUUUUCAACCAGCUCUGCUUGGGAAGGCAGCAAAACCGACAAUAAAUGCAGCAACCCCUGCCCCCAUCUGCUCGGGCGUUUACCCUGAGUCUGAAAGAAAUGGGUUUUUUUUAAGUCGUGUUCAAAAAAUGUAAAAGUUUGUGUUUCCACAAGUGCCAACCAACAAGCAGCUUUAGCUUUACUAAUGAGGUUCCAGACGUUUCGCAUGUGUGUGAACUGCUCCCAUCGAUUCCAGUGCGAACUGAUUGCACCCAUCCAAGGCUGGGUUUGGCGCCGCUAAAGAGUGCAGAGUUCAUAGCAGAAUCCAGUCACUUCAUUUCAGAAACAACUGCAGCCCACUGAACAAUGCAAAACCAAACCAUCAUAGACUCUAGGACUGGAAGGGACCUCGAGAGGUCAUCAAGUCCAGUCCCCUGCCCUCAUGGCAGGACCAAAUACUGUCUAGUCAUCGGGACAUUUGUAUUGAAAAUUUUCACUGACAUUUCAAAAUUAGACAAAGUUUUGACCAGCAAAACUGUAGCUGGUCAAAAAACAUGCGGGAGGAGAUUGUAAAAAUGGCUUCAAGAGUUGGGGGGAGGGGAUUAGUCAAAAUUCAAUAUUUUGUCCAAAACAAACCUUGAAAAAAAAUCAAAAUUUGAAAAAACAUCUACCAACUUCAGGGGAAAUAAAACAACUUUUUAAAAACUGUAUCUAAAUCCACCUUUAACUAACAAGCCUGCAUGCCUCCAUUCCUGUCUGUGUGGGGUAUAGAAUGGUGUAUUAACAAAACUCACUCUAAUGCCUCUGAUGUAGGAAUGCCUUUCAGACCCUUCCUUAAAUGAGGUUUGCUGAUGUGCAGCCUUGAAGUGAUGGUUUGAAAGCCAAGAAAAUGCAGGCCAAACAUCAAUUCUGGUUACAGUGCUGUAAAAUAGACAAAUGUCAGGAACUCCCAAGUUUGGGUCAACUCCUGACCUGGAAGAAAUAGCUUUAGCCCAUUUGGGAAGCCCCUCAGAAACCCUGGUUUCUUAUAUGUUGAAAAGACCUGAAGAAUGGUGAAGAUUGAGUUCUCCUUGCUUCUGGCAGCAUCUGAGUUCUGGGCUGUAUGUGGUUCCCCAGGAGCAGGGUAAGAGUGCCUUUCAAGCAGGACUGGUUGUAUGACACUGGCUCCCAUCUAGUUAGAAACACAGGCUGAAAUUCUCCUAGCUCCCAAAGGAUUUUGGGUGCUCUGUUCCAAUUCAUUUUAAAAGAACUGGGUAUCCAAUUCCCUUUGGCAGAUUUGAAAACCUCAGGUUUUUAAAUGACUUGUGUCAUGAAGAGCAAAGGCGCAACAGUGAAAUGGAGACAUUUGUGAAAUGUGACAAAGGUUUGGUGAAACCUCCACAUUCUAGAGGUUUCCUGAAUCCUCUAACUGUCCUGGGUUUUCCCGUGUUCGCUGGAACUCCAUCUUUUCCAAAUUCUCUCAGCCUCGUGACCCUUCCGCCUUCCCCUCGUAUCAUUGUGCCUUCCGUUUAUUUUUUAAACAACGCCAUGAGUUAAGACUGGAGCAUCGGCUUGACUCUCACUUUGUGUUUCCUGAGGUGGGUGGACAGAUUGGUACAUUUUGUAGCAUUAAAUGUGAUUCAAAUGUAGGUUUCUUUCUGAGGAAGGAGGGUGGGGGUGGGGGUGGGAGUGAGGGUGGGCAGGUGUUGUAUUUGAUCAUAUCAGUGCUUUAAGCAGUCAGAAACAUGGUUUCCCCUACCUCUGAGCUCUCAAUGCUGCUAAAAUCUCUGCCAUUCAUACAAUGUACUCCAGCACCUCUCUCAUGGACUGACUCCUGCUCUGUUUGCGAGGUAUCCACACUGUUCUAAAGCAUGCACCUCUCUGUAUAGUUCCAAUCUUUUGAUUUUAUGGAAUAAAAUACCUAUGCCUGUUUGCAUUACAGUCAAAAUAAAAAAGUGGACUAAAGCUA